AUGCACCCGCUGAGCACGCGUCGCUGCGACCACCUGCUCGAGCACCCGCUGCUGGCCACGCCGCCGCCGGAGCCCGAGAAGCCGCGGCCACCGCGCGUGCGCAAGCCACGAGUCUUCAAACUUCUACCAAGAUUUCCGCUGCUCACUAAAGAAUUCUACGCACUAUGGUGCAAUCACCAGAAAGAGCUCCAAAUGGCGCGUCCGAAGGUAGACGCGGCGCCACCGGAGCUGUUCCCAGAACUGUACCUAAAGCCCCGUCGGCUGGAUUACUACGCCAAGAUGCUCGAGGAGAACAUGAAGGUCAACAAAGAACUGCUGAAACGGAUCAACCACAUACAGAGAACUGGGGGGUACGUGGACUGCUGGCAGCAGGAGCCCAGCAGCAAGUACAACCGGCUGCUAUGCAAGCAGCGGCAGAACCUCCUCAACGAGAUCAGACUCAAGAACCUCAUGCUCUACAAGCGGCUGCUCAUUGCGAAAUCAGAGCAACCAGCCACAGCCGUGUUAAACGAGAUGUGGAAAGACACCAAGCACAAACUCAUAUUGGGAGCUGCACAACCCUUUAUCCUGUUUAAAACCGGGUCUCUAGACAAGGACAUCAAAGACCCUGCUAUGGACAAGCCUCCUAACGCCUAUCGGCCCAGAGUAACAUUAACAGUGUAUGUGCGAGGCGGAUCGAAGAUCGGGAAGGUGGUAGCAGAGUUGUUCACGGACAUCGCGCCCAAAACGUGCCAUCUGUUCAUGUCGCUCAUCAAAGGUGACCCACACGGGUACGCCUACACCGGCACCAGGAUCUUCAGGAUCGUGCCAGAGCUAUACUGCCGCUGUGGCGACGUCACGAAAGACAACGGUUUCGGCUGCUUCCUUCCUGAGGGCGACUCCGAACCCAUAGGCGCCGAGAACUUUAACCUGCGGCACACUAUACCAGGAUGUUUGUCGAUGGUGGUGACGGAAGACAACGAGGUGUGCGGCCAGUUCAACAUCAUCUUCAAGCCGCUGCCACAGUUUGAUGGCAUACACGUCGUCUUUGGAAGAAUCACCCAGGGUCCAGCGCAGUUCCUGGAGCGCAUCAGCGCGCUAGGCCUCCCGCUGGGGUCGCCAUGCACCGACGUGAUUCUCAGCUCAUGCGGGUGGUACUCCCGCUCCGGCGCCUACCACGACGGUCUACCCAACACUAUCAAGUUCCCUCCACGACGUGUGCAAAAAUAG